AUGGAUUGCCAAGUUCGCUUUGCCCAUCGGCAAAUGUUGGGAAGAGCCGCAUCCAGGCUAUUCGAAGCUCGGAGCCUGUUAUUACCGAUGGAAGGUGGUGUUCGCACGUCCGGCGCCAAGAAGAGAAAAAGCCUUGACGGCGACGGUCUCGGGCGUUUCGAUUUCAAGGGAGGAGUACCGUACUGUGGAAGAAGCCUGGGUGAUGCAGUGUGGCUUAGCACUUCCCAAAACAUGGCUUACGCAGUGGCAGGCAGCGCGUGCCGUGCCUGUAAAGUGGAAACUGCAGGGUGCUGCCUCAGCGGGAGCGCCCGCCAGUUCGCUUCUCAGACCUUGUCCACCUCACCUCACUCAUGGUGA